GCGAGGCGGUGCAGUACACGGCCACACGGCUCUCACCUUCGGAUGGAGAUGAACCAGCAGCGGUAGUCGACCAGCAAACGCCACCGCGCCGUGUGUUUGUGGAUAUCUUCAAGGGAGGACAGGUGACACACUGUAUCCCGGGCGCCCUUCGCUGGAAUUACCGCCGCGUACCUUCUCCCUUCUCCUCCUCUCCUCCUCCUCACCUUUACCGCUUCCUGCAAUACACGCACAACUCCUCUACAUGCACUUCUUCGACUUGAUCAAGUGAAUAUCCCGGCUCCAAGAUGGAAAAUGCGCACACGAAAUCCUCCACUGAAGUUUUAGAUUACUUCGGCGUGAACGAAAACAACGGGUUGACUCUGGAACAAGUCAAAAUUAAUCUAGAGAAAUUUGGUCCGAACGAGCUCCCAGCUGAAGAAGGCAAAUCCUUAUGGGAGUUGGUGGUGGAGCAGUUUGAAGAUCUCCUGGUCAGAAUACUGCUGCUGGCUGCAUGUGUCUCCUUUGUGUUGGCUCUGUUUGAAGAAGGCGAGGAGACAACCACUGCCUUUGUUGAGCCCAUUGUAAUUCUCCUUAUCCUCAUUGCCAACGCUGUUAUCGGGGUCUGGCAGGAGCGUAACGCUGAAAAUGCCAUUGAGGCUCUUAAGGAGUAUGAACCGGAGAUGGGAAAAGUGUACCGCAUGAACCGCAAAGCUGUCCAGAGGAUCAAAGCCAAAGACAUUGUCCCAGGAGACAUCGUGGAGGUAGCAGUUGGAGACAAGGUGCCUGCAGACAUCAGGGUGACGUCUAUAAAGUCCACUACACUACGAGUAGACCAGUCCAUUCUCACAGGAGAGUCCGUGUCAGUCAUCAAACACACGGACCCUGUUCCCGACCCAAGAGCUGUGAAUCAGGACAAGAAGAACAUGUUGUUUUCUGGCACUAACAUCGCUGCUGGCCGUGCCAUAGGUGUAGUCGUUGCCACGGGUGUCUCCACAGAGAUUGGUAAAAUCCGUAAUCAGAUGGCAUCUACAGAGCAGGAGAAGACUCCUCUGCAGCAGAAACUGGAUGAGUUUGGGCAGCAGCUAUCUAAGGUCAUCUCCCUAAUCUGUGUGGCCGUGUGGGUCAUCAACAUUGGGCAUUUUGGAGACCCUGUCCAUGGGGGGUCCUGGGUCAGAGGAGCUAUAUAUUACUUUAAGAUCGCUGUAGCAUUGGCUGUGGCAGCUAUCCCAGAAGGCCUCCCCGCUGUCAUCACCACAUGCCUGGCUCUAGGCACUCGCCGCAUGGCCAAGAAGAAUGCCAUCGUCCGCUCUCUGCCCUCUGUGGAGACCUUGGGCUGCACCUCCGUGAUCUGCUCAGACAAGACAGGCACCCUCACCACCAACCAGAUGUCUGUGUGCAGAAUGUUUGUCGCAGAUAAAGUGGAAAGCUCGAGCUGUACCCUUCAUGAGUUCACCAUAACCGGAUCUACGUAUGCCCCUGAAGGACAAAUACUGAAGGGAGACAGGCCUGUCCAGUGUGGAGACUAUGAUGGGCUUCUGGAGCUGGCUACAGUGUGUUCCAUGUGCAACGACUCUUCACUCGAUUACAAUGAGGCCAAAGGGGUUUACGAGAAGGUUGGUGAAGCCACAGAGACUGCACUCACGACUCUAGUGGAGAAAAUGAAUGUGUUUAAGACCAACCUAUCAGGACUCAGCAAAGUGGAGCGUGCUGGCGUCUGCAACUCUGUGAUCAGACAGUUGAUGAAGAAGGAGUUCACUUUGGAGUUCUCCCGAGACAGGAAGUCCAUGUCUGUGUACUGCACCCCUGUCAAACCUGGCUCCCCAAGCAAGAUGUUUAUCAAAGGGGCUCCAGAGAGUGUGAUAGAGCGAUGCCAGUACCUCAGAGUGGGGUCCUCUCGGGUCACGCUCACACCCACACUGAAGGAACAGCUCAUGUCUAAGAUCAGAGACUGGGGUACGGGCCGUGACACUCUGCGCUGCCUCGCACUCGCCACUCACGACUCUCCGCCACGAAAGGAAGACAUGGACCUGGAGAAUUCCAGCAAGUUUGCUCAGUAUGAGAUGGGUCUCACCUUUGUGGGCUGCGUGGGCAUGUUGGACCCUCCCAGGAAGGAGGUGAUAGGCUCCAUAAAACUGUGUAACGAGGCCGGCAUCCGUGUGAUCAUGAUCACUGGAGACAAUAAGGGCACAGCUGUGGCGAUCUGCAGACGCAUUGGGAUCUUUGGUGAAGAUGAGGAAGUGACGGGAAUGGCCUACACGGGCCGUGAGUUUGACGACCUGCCCACAGAGGCCCAGAGGGAGGCUGUCAAACGGGCCCGAUGCUUUGCACGAGUGGAGCCAGCACACAAGUCCAAGAUAGUGGCAUACCUACAGUCAUUUGAUGAGAUUACAGCCAUGACUGGUGAUGGAGUGAAUGAUGCCCCUGCCCUGAAGAAAGCAGAGAUCGGCAUUGCUAUGGGCUCUGGAACCGCAGUGGCAAAGUCUGCCUCUGAAAUGGUCCUGUCUGAUGAUAAUUUCUCCACGAUUGUUGCUGCUGUGGAGGAGGGCAGAGCCAUCUACAACAAUAUGAAGCAGUUCAUCAGAUACCUCAUUUCCUCCAACGUGGGGGAAGUUGUUUGUAUCUUCCUAACGGCCAUCUUGGGACUGCCUGAGGCUCUGAUCCCUGUGCAGCUGCUGUGGGUGAACCUAGUGACUGAUGGACUUCCUGCAACUGCUCUGGGGUUCAACCCUCCAGAUCUGGACAUCAUGGACAAACCUCCACGCAACCCCAAAGAGCCCCUCAUCUCUGGCUGGCUCUUCUUCAGAUACCUGGCUAUUGGAGGAUAUGUGGGUCUGGGGACAGUGAGUGCUGCCACAUGGUGGUACCUGUUUGAUGAAGAGGGUCCACAAGUGUCCUUCUAUCAGCUGAGACAUUUCAUGCAGUGCACUGAGGACAAUCCCAUGUUCAAGGACAUAGACUGUGAUGUGUUUGAAUCCCGCUACCCCACCACCAUGGCCCUCUCUGUGCUGGUCACAAUCGAAAUGUUCAAUGCACUCAACAGUUUGUCAGAGAACCAGUCUCUGCUGCGGAUGCCUCCCUGGGUCAAUAUUUGGCUGCUGGGAGCCAUCGUCCUGUCUUUGUCUCUUCACUUCCUGAUCCUGUACGUGGAGCCUCUGCCGCUCAUCUUUCAGGUCACUCCACUGCGGUGGUCUCAGUGGAUUGUGGUUUUGAAAAUUUCCAUCCCAGUUAUCCUCCUGGAUGAGGCAUUAAAAUAUGUAUCCAGGAAUCAUCUAGAAGCUGACGAGGAUAUGAAAUAUCGACGGAGAUGGCAGCUGAACUAGAUCCUCUCCCAAAACACUCAAAACUCCUAGAGUUCUGCUCCUUUAAACAAAUAGAACCCUUUUCCCGUUUCCCACUCACUCCUGCAUGUCCAAAAGACCACCACCCACCACUGAGCAGGGCCUGCACCAGUGAAAAUAGUCAAUGAGUAAGUGUGCAUGACGCAUCAUCAGGAGAAAACCGGCCCAGGCCUCUGCUUUUUAAAGAUACUUAUAGAUUUUUGGAGGGUACAGUUAAAAACAACA